GGGAAUGAUACCGAGUCCUGGAUAUCCAUUCGCUAGGACAUUACCGCAACAGAAAUGCAGUUGGUUAUUAAAGGCGCCGCAUAAUGGAAGGAUAACACUGUGGUUCGAUGUCAUCAGCACAGCCUGGUUCGGCAGCUUUCUGCAGCCGUGUCCCGACUACGUCGAGUUUAAAUACAGAAACGACAGCCUCAUUAAUCCUGGCGCAAGGUUUUGCGGAUACGACAUCCCCACGUUCACAGUUACGACUGAAACAAACGAGGCAGCAGUGUUGCUGAGAAUAUUCACUCCCUUCACUGCCAUGUUCAACGUGCGAUACGUGGUUACAUGUAAAGAUCCAACGAGUGUAGCAACAUCAACCACCACGCCGCCAACGACUGCGACAACCACUAUGCCGUCAACGACUGCGACAACCACCAUACCGCCAACAACUGCGACAACCACCAUACCGCCAACGACUGCGACAACCACCAUGCCGUCAACGACUGUGACAACCACCACACCAACGUCAGCAACAACGCCACCGAAACAAACAAAAAGGAAGAAACCGGAGGCUUCCAAUUUUCGUCUACCGCUACCAGCUAUCACAGCUCUGAAGAAACUCAUCAGUAUAUUUCGGGGCUAGGCGAGCACUCGUUCGCUAGCACAACGGCAGAUGGAGAUCCGCGGCCAGUGACGGAGAGUGAACACAUACCAGUUUUCACGACACUCAAGCUUGAUAGGACAACACACUCUUCAGGAAAAGUCACGGCCGAUGCUCAGGCUUUAUUAAUCUCAGUAUGUCUAGCCUUCCUUUGGCACCUGUUAAGAUUGUUAACGUAAGCUGUGCACCGUAUAACAAACCGAUGGGAUUGUUUAUGCCUGUAUUCUAUUUUGUUUCAAAAUUUGUAUUAUGUAUUUCGACGAGUGAAUUUGCCUUGUCAGGAGCUUCAUAGUUCCGCUGGCUUUAAACAACUAUUUAUAUUUGCAUAUAAUGUGUAU